AUGGCCCACACAAUGGGCACGCCUGUCAAGGCAUUCAAGAAAAAGAAGGCCUUCGCAUUCCUCAAAUCAGCUCCCAAGCCAUCGCCAAGCGUCGAAUCGAACGGCGAACACUUCGACAAGGAAGCUGGCGAGGAUGAUGAUGGGCUCGACUUGUUCAGGCGGUCCCGGGAUUUCUUCCCUGUCGUGGUGCAGGAGCAGGAGCACCGACAGACUACACCAGAAGAGAAAAGCGAAGAGAGAAAUCGGCUCUCCCAAGAAAGCACCCAAUCUCCAUCCCCUCCGUCAUCCAAGCGCCGCAAGCUCUCAUCGCCUGCGCACACAUAUGACCCCAGGGACGCCGAAGAAGACCUGUACGGGCCACCAACUCCCCCGCGUCGCGUUACAAAGUCUCGUUCGCCACCCCCACGGAAAUCACCGAUCAAGCAGUCAACUCCAUCGCCGGUCAAGAGCAAAAGGAAGGAGAGGAUGCAACCGUUGCAGAGUGACAUCCUCCUCACGCCUACACGGUCGAGUUCCAACCAGCCCUGCGCGAACGAGGUAAUCGCCCUGGACGACGACGAAGACGACGACAAUGGCGUUGUUGUUGAGGAGCUUCCUGCGGGAUCACCUGCAGUCACCAGGACGGCCAGCACCAGGACAAGUAGGACUAUUUCAAUGCCUCGGGAAGAGAAGACACCCAGUCCUGGUCCAAUCACGAUCGAUGAUAGUGACGACGACGUGUUUGAAACCCCUACCGAUCCUGCAGAUGAUGACGACCCAUUUGCGCAUUUCAUUCAGCGAGCUCGUGAGCGCGAGGCUGCCGCCAAGGCUGAAGCGGCAGCGGCGGCAUCGUCCAGAUCUGAGAUCCAGCCCUCGACCCCAGAAGGCGCACCGCGUAAAAGACGGGAGCCUUUGAUCGAGGUCAAGAUAUUCGUCCAGUCACGCAUGGCAAGGUUCCCGGAUGUGCCACCCUUUGGCGCGAAGCGAGGUAUGAGCCAGAAUCUGGGGGUCAUUCGGAGGUCAUUUCUGUUGUGGCUAAGGAAGAUGGGCCAUUCGGUCUCGGAGGAGGACGAGGCGAACAUCUUCCUCACCUGGAAGCGCCGCAAGAUCUAUGACGUGUCCACGGGCGUCAGCCUGGGGUGGAAUCCGUCGGUGGCUGAGGACUCGAGCUCGUCCUCGACGCCUGGUUUCAUGCGGGGAGGCGUCCUGCUGGAGGCCUGGACCCAGGAGGACUUUGACGGGUGGCUCGCUGAAGAGGAAAAGCAGAGGAUGAUGAAACGGGGCGAUCUGGUCGAGGACGUCUCCGACGAGGAGCCCGUGGAGGAGCAGGUCGACAACGCGAGAGUCCGGGUAACCAUCAAGGAAAAAGACCAAGAGCCCUUCAAAUUCACCGCCUACGUGGACAUGGAGAUCCGUCUCAUGAUUCUUGCCAUCCGACAGAUGAGGAAGAUCCCAAACGACAGGGAGAUCAAGCUGAGGUACGAGGGAGAGUGGUUGGAGGGAGGUGUGACAGUCCAAGAGGCCGACAUUGAGGACCACUGCACGGUUGAAAUGUAUUUGAGAUGA